GUUCAAUGAAGCUGCUUCAUGUAGCGGCGCUCCGACCCCUGCUGCGGCCAGUGGUUCAGUCCUGUAGCAGGGUGGGGGAGCCGGAUGGCAGGGAGGCACAGAUUCCGACUACAGCGGAGCAGGGGAUGGGAAACGGGCGAGAAGCAUGACUCCAAAUCGCCCUUGUGAUGGUUUCCACCUCGAGGGAAUAAAGUAACCGCCUCCGGUUCAGAGAAACACAGACAUGUGCGGGCACUAAGUGCGAAGAAGACCGCGGGGUUUGACAGGAGGAGGCCCGUAAAGAGGCUCUGACCGCCGGACAGAAAGCUCAGGAAGUCCGGAUUUGGUUUCUUUUGUCCCCCUUAUGGCAGCUCUGACGUUUCUUUGUGAAUUUAAUGCGCGUGAUUACCUCAAAUCGUGAGUUUCUUGUGGAUUUGUGUGAUCUUUUUUCAUUUUCUUCUUUUUUUUUUUGGUGAACUGAAAAUAGCGGCGGAGUUUAGCGGCGCGGCGCAGGGGAACAUUACGGCACAGACCAGUAAACUGGAAUUCAACUUUUGAUUCCCGAUCUCUGGUCGACACAUCUGUCCAGGAAUAGGAGAACUGCGUGCGACACGUCUUUCAUGAGGAUCGUGACAGUGGAAGUCGGGAGAACUUUUCGACCUUUUCUCUGUAUCAGCAACAAGUUGGAUCGGUUUGCUUUGUUUAUGCAAACCGUCGUUCACAGCAACCUUUCGUGCAGUUUUGGAGACUACAUUAUUUCUGGGUUUUGGCGCAGAGUUUGAAUGUGUGAAUGAGAUCUGAGUGAACUGACACACACACACACACGGAGCUCUGUUGAAGCGGGAUUUGUGGAAGCAGCACCGCAGGGCUGUUUGGGUCAGCGGAUUAAUCCAAUCGGUAACAGCUCUGUCCAGUGACUAGUCUCCCAGAAAGUCCCAGUAAUCAGAGCUAUUUUUAGCGUAAGUGAUGGGGUAAAAGCAGGCAGCAGGAAACCUGACUCCCCCUCACCCUUUUCUCUUCCAAAACCUAUUGCACUUGCUCGCUCUGCCUGUCUGGCAAAAUGCAGGGCAAGCCUGGAUAGCACUAGCCGAACCUAAAGCAAGUCAAUGUCUUAAAAGGAAAAAAAAAAUCUGCAAAAAUUGAUCCUAAAUUUCUACCAUUGGCCUGUUUUUUAUGGAAACCUAGUGACCAUGUAGCCUUGGUCAUUUGAGAGUUCUAGAAAAGUUUUAUUCUAUAGCCUAAGGCUGAAGGUCACCUAAUGCCUCCUCUGGAUUGAAACAAAAAUAAAGUUAAAAAUGAACUAUGCUGGGUGCUAGCCUAGUUCAUUUCAGUUACAUAUCAGAAUCAACUAAAGACUAUGCCUUUAUCCCUUGUUUGCUCUAACUCUUAAUCACACUAGAAUAGCAGAACUUUGUUUUCCUGACUACCUGAUAGACACCAGCGAUCUGGAAGCUCCAGCCUGCAGACAGAAUGCAUGAAACUGCCGACUCCACCACAAAAAGCUAAACCUAUAAGCCAAAUAUUUUAUUUCCCUAUAGUUCCCAAAUCCACAGAGAAACAAUAUAUAAGUAGAGUGAGAGAUCUAUAUCUAUAGUGUAAAUCCACAUAAAACAGAGAUUACAUCCUUUAUAUUUUUACUUCAGAGAGACAAGCUGCCUGUACACCUGUUGGUUGCCUUACAAAUAAGUCACAAGCAAACCGGGAGAGGAGAAAAACAAGCCAGAGAAGAAGAAGGUGCCUUUGGACUGGUUGGACAGUUUCCCACCAUUUCAAACUUGAGAUGUUUAGUUGGAUGUGAAGAGUUGAAGUGAACUCUGGGAUUGGAAGACUGACUCUACCUUCCAAGUCCUGCCUGCCUGUCCGUCUGUCUGUCUGUCUGUCAGAGCAUUUCCACUGACAGUAUUUCUCAUCUGGAUUGAACAUUUGCCAAGCUUUCCCAUGGUUGUCACAUCAUCAUCAGUGGACGACAAGACUGUACCUUCAUGCAGGAUGGUCCAAUCAGAGCCUUGGAUCACCUCUACUCUGCUUCGUAAGAACAAAAGUGCAAGCAGCUCAGGAUGUCCACCCACCUCCUCCUCCUCCUCCACUGCCCAGGGCUUCUCCCUCGCUGAGCCAGCCAUGACCAGCCAGCACACACACACACACCCCUCCUUCAGCUCCAUCCACUCCAUGGCCGAGCAGCAGCAGGUGCUGUCUGAUAUGACCAUACUCCAGCGGAGGAUCCCCCCUAGUUUCAGAGACCCUGCCAGCGCCCCAUUGAGGAAACUCUCAGUUGACCUUAUCAAAACUUACAAGCACAUCAAUGAGGUAUACUACACAAAGAAGAAGCGGCGGGCCCAGCAAGUCCCUCCUGAGGAUAGCAGCACGAAAAAGGAGAAAAAAAUUUACAAUGAUGGCUAUGAUGACGACAACUAUGAUUACAUAGUGAAAAAUGGAGAAAAGUGGCUGGACCGCUAUGAGAUCGACUCACUUAUUGGGAAAGGCUCCUUUGGACAGGUAGUGAAGGCCUACGACCACCAUGAGCAGGAGUGGGUUGCCAUUAAAAUCAUCAAGAACAAAAAGGCUUUUCUAAACCAGGCACAGAUCGAACUACGCCUGCUGGAGCUUAUGAACAAGCAUGACACUGAAAUGAAAUAUUACAUUGUCCACCUGAAGCGUCACUUUAUGUUUAGGAACCAUCUGUGUUUGGUGUUUGAGUUGUUGAGCUACAACCUGUAUGAUCUCCUGAGGAACACCAACUUCAGAGGAGUUUCCCUCAACCUCACCAGGAAGUUUGCACAGCAGCUCUGUACAGGACAAAGCAAAAUCAAACAGGAUCGGCACACCUCUAGUAAUUACAUUUUUAACCAAACUGCAAUCAUAAUGGAAGUUUCAUACAGCAGCUCUGCCUGGAAUAAGGUGGAAUUAUCUUGUUCAUACCUUGCUUUCAUCUUUUUGCCAGCUUGUCUCCAUGCCUCUGAACUUCCCUGCCUAACUCCACUACGUUGCUGUUCACAGAUUUAUCAGUACAUACAGAGCAGGUUCUACCGCUCCCCUGAGGUCCUCUUGGGGAUGCCAUAUGACCUGGCUAUCGACAUGUGGUCCCUCGGUUGCAUCCUUGUAGAGAUGCACACAGGAGAGCCCCUCUUCAGUGGCUCCAACGAGGUUGACCAGAUGAAUAAAAUUGUGGAGGUUUUGGGAGUUCCACCCAGCCACAUGCUGGAUGCCGCUCCUAAAGCCAGGAAGUACUUUGACAAGCUAUCAGACGGCUUAUGGACGGUGAAGAAGAACAAGGACGUGAAGAAGGAAUACAAGCCUCCAGCUACACGCCGUCUUCAUGAGAUUUUAGGUGUAGAGACUGGUGGUCCAGGGGGGCGCCGGGCAGGAGAGCCAGGACAUGCCCCCUGUGACUACCUGAAGUUUAAAGAUCUGAUCUUGCGCAUGCUGGACUACGACCCUAAAAGCAGAAUCACGCCAUUUUAUGCCCUCCAGCACAAUUUCUUUAAGAAAACGACAGAUGAAGGAACGAACACAAGCUCAUCUACAUCCACCUCUCCUGCCAUGGACCACUCCCAUUCAACCUCCACAACUAGCUCUGUUUCUAGCUCUGGUGGCUCCAGUGGUUCUUCCAAUGACAACCGUAACUACCGUUACAGCAACCGCUACUACAACUCUGCUGUCACCCACUCAGACUAUGAGAUGACCAGUCCUCAGGCUCCCUCCCAGCAACAGAUGAGGAUGUGGCCAGGCAGUGAUGGUGGAAGUGGGGGUCAGGACCCAGGAUACACCCAGUUGCUGCUCCACAAACCAGCUGCCACCCAGCAACACCAGCGCCACUUUUUGGACCCGCCUCACCAUCCACACCCGACUUACUCUCAUCAUGGAAAUGGUGGGCGUGGACUACGGCAGGGCGGCCAAACGGGCCUGGGUGGAGGAGGGGGUCAGCAGGGAUCCUCUCCCCAGAUGAGUGACAGCAUGGAUGUUGGCGUGUCCCUAGGGCUGCACCACCUGGGGGCAGUGUCUUCCAUGGAGGCCUCUCAGUUUGGCUCUGCAUCUCUGCCCCUCGCUCUGCCAAUCGGACUGUCCGCCUUCCGGACUCGGACGGCCCCCACAGCCCCAGGGCCACAAGCCCCGCCCCCAGAGGACUACUACCCUGCCUCCAACAACAAUAACCCUGCUGCGGGGGGCAGAGGGAGGCCAGACUCAGACGAAGGGCCAGCCAACUCUUGAUAAAACCUGAACCACGCCCUAAAGCCAUACAAUUUUAACUCCAACUACUACGAAUACACACACAGCCAGAGUUCAGAGACAAACUGGUGAAUCUGGAGCUGGAGGAGACAAUUUCUUCUGCAUGGGAGGAGGAGGGAGGAGGAGAAGGAUGCGGGGAAUACUUUCCUUUGGUCCUGCUUUUGUUUGUUGUCGUUGCGACUGGAAUUGGAAAGGAAUGAUUGACAAGUGUGUUUUUACAGAUAUUCUUGAUUAAUAUUAUUUGAUUUUCUAAGGUUUGAGGGGUUUUGUGUUCUGUUUUGUAAAGUCUGGAGAGGAGCGAAAAGGGGCCUGGUUUUCCACUCCGCUCCACACUGAGGCUGGAGCUCCCUUCUUCACAAUGUUCACUUUACUGUAGUCACAUUUACAUGUCCUGGUCAUCAGCAGCAUUGACACACACACAUACAUACACACAUACACAUACACAUACAGCUGUUUCUGCCAUCUGGAAAAUGGCCUACCCAUUUCCAGAACCCAACCAGAUCAGCUGACCACUUUAAUGUUAUCUCUGCAUUAGAAGACACCUGAAGUUGAUGUCAUUACGCAGACAUACAUUGUGGCGUGCAUGUAUCGGGACAGAAAUGGGUGUGUGAGAGAGAAAAGGCCGACAUAUUCAGGACUUCACGUGUUGCUGUCAGCCUGACGUUGCGGCUGGCCUGGUGGUGCUUGAGGCAGGCGGAGAAGCUGACGGGACAGUGACGCCUCCCAAGAGUCAAACGGAUCACCUUCUCUUCCUCAUUCUUUCCUGCACUCUUCUUCAUCUCCUUCUUCUCCUGUUGUGUUUCUCCUCCAGACAGCUCCUCCUCUCUGUGCUGCUAAUCACCAUGACAACUGGUCUGGAUUGCUGCUAAAGAUCCAACACAGAUCAAUAAAGAAAUGAAAUAAAAACAAAUAGAAACAGAAAUGAAAAACUUUUUAACCCUUGUGCUUAAGAAAAAAGGAUGAAGUAAGAACCACUGCAUCUCAAUGUAUUUAUUACUAUUUAACAAGAAAAACAAACUGAAAGUAACAUUUUUUUCUGCUCUUUUUUGUUUGGUUGCCUUCUUUCUGCAGGUAAGCUCUGAUUGGCUAUUGUAACAGUGACAGUGACUGGUGACAUGGGAAUGUCGCUGGUUGUGGGGGCUGGGUGAAGGGGAAGGGUUGGGGCAAAAUAAAGUUGGAUAUAUAAUACGAAUAAAGAGUAUACUUUUGCACACCAAAGUCAACAAA